AUGUUGGUCACUGGUGUUAUUCUUCGGAAUACAGGAGUUGUGCAAUUGUUUCUGCUAAAGGAAUGGGCAAUGGUGUUAAGAAAAACUGCUUUUGUGGUGAUACUUUUACGUGGUGGUCUCGGAUUAGAUUCAGAUGCCCUGAAUCGACUUAAGGGUGCAUGCCUUCGGUUGUCGUUCAUACCGUGUAGUGUCGAAGCAACAGUAAUCGCCAUCUCAUCACAUUUCAUAUUGAAAUUUCCGUGGCUAUUCGCAUUUGCGCUUGGGUUUGUUAGUUCAUUUAUAAGUUUUUUUUUGAAUGCUGUGAUCGGAGAUUUAUUUCUCAGACUAGAAGCACUUCUGGAUUCACACUAUCGUUAA